GUUUUGUCUGUUACCUCAAUUUGGGCGCACUGAAGGCGCCAUCCGAUUACCUCUUGCGCAUGUCAUCGGCGCGGCCGGCAGCUGAGCUUCUUAACAAUGGCCCGCGCGGUGGCGACCCCCAUCCGCUCUGCAUUGUCCUCGUCUCCGACUCCGAGCACUGUUUUGACGGCGCUGCACCAUGGCCAUGGCGCGCUCCGCCUCGGCGAUGGCCUCCGUUGUCAAGGCCAUUGACCCUGCCAUGAUUGUUUCUCACAAGUUCCCCGAGGUCACGUUCGGGUACGACGAGAGGGAUGUGGCGCUGUACUCACUGGGUGUGGGAGCUUGUAGUGCAGAUGCAGAGGAUGAGAAGGAGCUUCAGCUGGUGUACCAAAGGAACGGCCAGUCUUCCAUUAAGGUUUUACCUACUUUUGUUUCUUCAUUUAUUUUCAAAAGUGGCAAUGGACUCCGCUUGGAUGUGCCUGGGCUUAACUAUGACCCAAAAUUUUUACUGCAUGUCCAACAUUACAUAGAGAUAUAUGGGCCAAUUCCUUCACGAGCCAAUGUUACUAACAAAAUUAAAAUAGCUGGACUGCAUGACCGAGGGAAGGCAGCUAUUCUUGAACUUGAAACACUAACCUGCCUUGAAGGUUCUGACGACGUAUUGUGUAUGAAUAGGAGUACUAUCUACUUGCGUGGUGCUGGAGGCUUCUCCAACUCUUCCCGGCCGUUCACAUACGCAACUUACGCUGACAAUGAGGUUUCAAAUGUUACAUUUCCAGAUUCCACGCCUUGUGCGGUAUACGAAGACCACACACAGAAUUCCCAGGCACUGCUGUGCAGCUUAUCAGGCCACUUGGAUCCCUUGCAUUCAGAUCCUACUUUUGCACAUGCUACAGGGUUUCCUCACCCAAUACUGCCCGGCCUCUGCACGCUCGGGUUCGCCGUUCGGGCUGUCAUGAGGUCGUUCUGCAGCAUGGAGCCAGCGGCCGUGGAGCGCAUCUCCUGCCGGUUCCUUCACCAGGUUUACCCGGGAGAGACUUUGGUCACCGAGAUGUGGCUUCAAGGGCAGAGGGUGUACUACAGAACCAAGGUGAAGGAGCGCGGUCCCGCGGUGCUGUCUGGAUACGUGCAACUCAAGCACGUCCCCUCAUCGCUGUAAGGUGAACGAACUGUGCUUUCAGGCGUCUCGCUCAAGAGUGGAAGGAAAAGGCCACGGCAACUUCUUUCAGCUGGUAGUUUCGCACAAGUUUUCGUGGAGUGGUUUAUGAGCCCAAACAAAACUUGGGGGCAAUGGACUGCAGAUUUUAGAUUGCGAUUUUUGUAACAAAAUCCUGUGUUGACAAAUGACAAUUGGCAUGCCCGCAAUCCUCGUGCAGUCACGCUAUCAGUGUGCUACCAUCUACAUACAUCCACACUUGCAAAAAAUUGGUG